UGUGCCACGUUCAGAUCGAGAGCCUAAAGCACCGCCUGAUGAAGGCCGAGGAGGACUGCAAACUAGAGCGAAGGCAGACCCUGAAGCUGCGGCAGGCGAUCGAGCAGAGGCCCAGCCCGGAGGUCGCUUGGGAGAAAAAGGCCCUGCAGAGCACCUUGCAGCUCUCGGAGGAGAAGGAGCUCUUGGAGCUGCGCUGCGCCUCCCUCCGGAACGACAACCGGAUCUACCAGGACCGCAUCCAGACCGUUCUGCAGCAGUUGGAGGAAGUGGCCGGCGAGAGGGACCAGGGCCUCGCGACCCAGGAAGUCCUCCAGCGCCAGUAUUCCAAAAGCCUGCGCGAGAAGGACGUCUACAGGAAGCAGAUCCGUGACCUCGGGGAAAAGAUCAACGACCUCCAGCUCCAGCUCUUCCAGAAGGAAAGGCAGCUGCACACCAUCAGAACCCAGAGGGAACCAUUGCAGCCCGACCCUUCAGCUCUGACGUCGGACUUUGAGGAAACGUCGUCCCAAAGCUCCCCAGAAGAAGUGAGCAAAGGGGACGCCAUGGAUCUCCCUCCACAGAAAGCAGCCAUUUUUUCUCUAAAGAUGGAUGAAGACCCAAAAGGCCCCGAAAACGGCGAAGAGUUCAAUGCAUUGGAAAAUAUGUUGCAGGUAUAUUUACUUUACUGA